AUGCCGAAAAGAAAAAGCCUCUCUACGGCAACAAAUGGACCAGCUGUUACGACGGUUCCCAUACCGCCACCUGGUAUCGGAAUUGAUGAAGCUGCUCCCCCACCUCCAAAGCGUAGAGCUAGCGGAAGAAGGGUCUCGCAGCUUGCAACGGGCUCCACGAACCCGAAUAAGAACGCCAACGUGCUUGAUGGGCCGCAAGCGCUACGUGCAUCGCCGGAUGCAGAUGAGAAAGAUGAGCGCAUGGACGUCGAAAAUGCAGGCAUGAACGCUGAAAAACAGAUCAAAAAGGAGGAUCCUCUGGAGGAGGGUGUCCCCAAGACCAAAGCGAAACAAAAUGCGAAGAAAAUUUCAAAACCUGCAGCUGAAAAGGAAGUCUUGAAUACUCCAAAGAUCAAGGAAACGAAUGAGCCAAGCGCUAGCAGUGAGCCAAAGUUUCUCGAUCCAGAAGCCGACGGCGGUGAGGAGGAGGCAGGCGAGGAGGAACUGCAGGCAGCCUUAUCGAGACCUCCUCCCGUACAUAGCGAUUAUCUACCUCUGCCGUGGAAAGGACGAUUAGGCUACAAUCGCCAUCCUUUGAAGGACCCUAAUGCGCCACCACACGCAACAAAGAACAGACCAGACCGAGAGCUGCCAGCUGAUAUUGCCAGAGGACAGCAAUUCGUGGAGAGUUUAGGCAAGGCAAAUGCCAAAGACAUUGUCAAGAUGCUGAGGUGGAAUGACAAGUAUGGCAUCAAAUUCAUGCGACUGAGUAGCGAGAUGUUCCCCUUUGCAAGCCAUGAAGAGUACGGCUAUAAGCUUGCACCUUUUGUCUCAGAAGAGUUGGCUGAAGCUGGAAGAGUGGCAGCUGAGUUGGGGCAUCGACUGACGACGCAUCCUGGCCAGUUAGGGUCUCCAAGGAAGCAAGUCAUUGACAAUGCUAUCCGCGAUCUUGAAUACCACGCCGAGUUGCUCGACCUUCUAAAGCUUCCGCCACAGCAAGACCGAGAUGCAGUAAUGAUCCUGCAUUUAGGCGGUGUCUUCGGUGAUAAAGAAGCUACCCUGAAUCGCUUUCGUGAAAAUUACGCAAGGCUGGCUGACAACAUCAAGAAGCGGCUCGUCUUGGAAAAUGACGAUGUCAGCUGGUGUGUGCAUGAGCUUCUUCCUCUAUGCGAAGAGCUUAACAUUCCAAUGGUUCUUGACUUCCAUCAUCACAACAUCAUCUUUGAUGCCAAUCAGAUUCGAGAGGGGACCAAGGGCAUCAUCGAUGUUUUCCCACGCAUUCUUGCGACAUGGAAGCGGAAGAAUAUCACCCCAAAAAUGCAUUACAGUGAGCCGACACCAGAAGCAAUUACUGGCCGUCAGAGGAGAAAGCACAAUCCACGAGUAGCAACACUACCACCAUGUCCCCCAGAUAUGGAUCUCAUGAUCGAGGCCAAAGACAAAGAGCAAGCAGUCUUCGAGCUCAUGCGUACUUUCAAAUUACCAGGUUUCGAUUUGAUCAACGACAUCAACCCCCAUCAACGGAAGGACGACAACAAGCCCGUCACUACACCUAAGAAAAAGCAACCCAAGAAAUCAAAGAAAGUCAAAAGCGAGGACGACGCUGCAGACGAUAUCUCCGAAAUAGCCGAAGAGCCCAUUCAGCAAGUCAUCCCCGAAGAAGAAGUCGGCAUGGGCGGUCCAGACCGCCGGGUCUAUUGGCCUCCAGGUCAAGAGCACUGGCUGCGACCCGUCAAACGCGUCGUGAAGAAGAAGGAACCCAAUCCAGAAGGCGAAACGGACAAGAAACUGACGCCGGCGCAAAAGAAGAAAGCCGCUGCUGAGGCCGCUGAAGAGGGCGCAAAGGUCGAAGAAGAGGUCUACGGCAACGGCGUAAAGAAUGAAGACGAAUCAAUCGCCGCAACGCCAACGCCUGCGAGCAAGAAGAAGCAAGUGCCUGCUGCGAAGGGGGCGAAAACCAAUGGAGCAAAAGCUAAACCUGUGAAGAAAGUUGUCAAGAAAGAAGCUACGCCGACGCUGACGGAGGAAGAUGAUGAGGAAAGCGAGCUUUCGGACCUUGAGGACUCGGACCUGGAAGAGGCGCUGAAGCCGAAGAGGGCUAGAACUCAGGUGAAUGGGGUAGCAAAGGGAGGCAGUCAGAGGCAGAGUGGGAGGGCGAAGAAAGUCAGUAAUUAUGCUGAGGGAUCGGAUGAGGAGGUUUGA